AUGUGCGAUGUGACUGGUGCUGGUCUACACAAAGAAUUAGCUACUGGAAAUAAAUUCUUACUUAUGCAUGAAGCGGAUGCUAAUCUGACGAAGCUGGGAUUUUAUCAUUUUGGGCAAGCCGGUGCGGUGUCUAACCGUUCACUUAUGUGCGAAGCGUUUGAUGGCUUCUCGGAUUCAUCGAAAACAACUGGAAUGUAUGACUUUUCGAUCGAAGAUUCCCGUCUAUCAUUGUUAGGUGCAUGUACUGGUGGUGCGUUUCAUUUACUAUUAGCUCGAUACUCAGUACACAAAAUAUCGGACGGCUGCGAAAACAGAUUCUUAUAUCAUUUCGUGGAGAACAAUUUAAUACCUUAUGAUCUCAUCAGAAAAUCUGAUCGAUUCUUGCCUUCGCUCCAACAGAUUUUUGUUGUUAUUCAUUUAAUGGGAAGAAUUAUGUACACAUUUGUGGACUCUUUAGGAAAUGAUGAGCCACAAAGGUUUUAUGUAACGAAAGGAAAAUAUUAUAUCGCCGAAGGACAGCGAUUAUUCAAAGACCGACAAAAAUCGCAUCUGCAAUCGUUUUACUCGAAAAGCGCAGAAAUAUUUCCAAGACUUUGUGUGAAUAUGCAACGUUUCUUGGACGCAAUGCUCAUUCUGUUCGAGAUGAGAAGAAAUGAAGAUUUACAAUUCGCACAAGUUGUUGAUGAGAAAUUCGUCGGAAAAGCAAAGUCUUAUAUUGAGAAACAUUUAGUCUUAAGCAAACAUGCAAAUGGUGAUGUCGUCAGUUUCGUUUCUCUGGAAACAUGCCUUAUCACUGAAUAUUUGUUUGACAAUUACUUAUUCAAGAAUACAUUAAAUCUGUUCAAUCUAGAACAUUCCGCGAAUCAACCAAGUAUGCCAUCUACUCAAUUUCGUACAUUACUUGCUGAGAAACCAUCAAUCGAAAAGAGAAUAUUGCAACUGCCAUAUCAGUUCUUUCUCCGUUCCGACUUGAAACAGCCAACAACAAACGAAAAUGGAAAACGAAUCAACGCUCCAUUACAUCAUGUUGACGGCAACUCACUGAACACUGCACUUGACAGAUUAGUUAAUCAAAAAUUAUUAAGCAUGGGGCACUUUAUCAGUCGACCAAGAGCUCAACAAACGCAUUCAUACAUGAAAAAUCCAAUACCAAAUGAUUCAUUAAAAAAAGAAGAAUUUCAUCAAUAUUUACAAGAGUAUAAAAUUAACGCCGAUGAAUACCACAAUUUACUCACUCGAUCAAAUGUUCCAAAUAACUGUACUCUUCUUCCAGAAGCUAAAAAUUUAUUAACGACUAGAAUUGAACACCAUGCUGAUUGUGUGAAGUACGGUCUUGAAUCAACGGUGACUUUGAUCAAUGAAGUGACGUUUCGUGGUUUAAUUCAAUCGAACCUUAGAAACAUUCCUCAAACAACUAAUCGAAGUUUAUUUAUUGAAACAUCUGCUAUUAUGACAACAGAGAACGAAUCUCAUGAAAAUGAUGAGUUUUUUGGAAUUGACGAUCGAGGCGCUGCCUUGGUAGAUAGAAAUAAUAAAGUAAUGCCUCGAAUAUCCGAAGAGGAAGUUGUUUUAAAUAACAACUAUGAUCUUAAUCAUGUCUCUCGUGGCACACAAGAGUUCUCGGCAAACGAUUUCGAUGAAGUUCAAGCUAAUCAAACUGAAGUAGCAGAAUUAAUUGAAAAACACGAUAAAACAUCUGAUGUACAACCAAAAGAUUUUGAUCGUAACAUUGAUUUAAUCGAUUGUCAACCAACAACCAUAGUCAAUCAUAUUGCUUCGGAAACAGUCGAAACAACAUUGUCGAAUAAUUAUCCACCGAUUGUAAAAGCUUGUGUAAAAGCUAUUUUGCAAUAUCCAUCGAUUGUUUUAUCUUCAUCUGACAUUUCUCUUGCUACUCGACAUCACACUGCUGUAGCUCGGCAAACUAGCCUUCGAUUAAUGAUUGAUAAAGAGCUUUUGCAAGAAGGCGAUUAUUUCGUUCGAAAGCUAGCAAAAUCUGUCAAGAUAACAAGAGGUUUUGCUAAAAAGGUACCACGGUUAAAUGAUGAACAAUCACGUUUCGAAUUUAUCGCUGUUUUAAAUGAGUUUGGAAUUACAUGGGAUUUGUUUAAAUCCUUUUUUGAUCUUUCAAAAGAGGGAUUUUAUACAACAACACAGCUACUUUUAAAUGAAACCGCUGAAGCAAUGCUAGACUCAGAAGAUUAUCGUUCUUACGUCAAUUAUGAUAAGCGUGCAGUAUUUCGUCCGAUUGACAAUGCAGUAACAGAACAGGAUGAAUUGGAAUACGGCGACAAUGUCACUGGUUAUUAUGACACGGUCGGUUCCGGCCGGUUAGGUUCCAGUCAUUUCCCGGCCGUUUCCUGCAAACUUCGAGCUGGAAACGNUGAGCUCUACCCAGGUUAUUAUGACACGGUCGGUUCCGGCCGGUUCCAGUCAUUUCCCGGCCGUUUCCUGCAGACUUCGAGCUGGAACCGGUCAGGAACUGAUCGGAUAUUUCCUGUGCAAUUCCGGCCGGAAUCCGGCGGCAAGGAACCUGCUGGAAUCGGCGAAAACUGUGCCGGAACCGACUCAGAUUUCAACGGAUCCAGUCGCCGGAAUAAUCGAUCUGGCUCAUUUCCAGAUAUAAACAGAAUGGAUAAUACAUCCUUAGAUAUGAGAAAUGAUCUGUUCUUCACAAAGUUAUUGAAACAAGCCCCGAUUUAUACCAUAAUGACGAUACAUGAAAGAAUCAAGAAUUCUUCUAUGUUGGCUGAUAAAUACGCUGUUAUUUGUGGAAUUGUCAAUAAGCAAUUUAAUACGAACUUUUCGCCUGGCUUUAUACAGCAACAAAUUGAAUUCUUCUCAUCAUCGGAAUUAUUUCGUGGAUAUUUAAGGCUCUCCACAGAUGUCGAUCAAAUGAUAACUAGUUACCAAAAACUUACUAAUUACUCAAUAGUGUUCAUGAAAAUUGAACCAAUGUCGAAGAAAUGCAUUGUUUGUUCAGAUAAUGACAAUGAGCUACCUUUGUAUCAAGUAUCGAAAACCUUUAUUUUUCAAGAAAACAUUUUAGAACAAUGUAUUACUUUAUAUUCGCAUUGCAACAAAUGCAAAUGGUCGUAUUUCCCAAACAGCUACAGCCAUGAUGUUAUGAGAAAACAAUACAUAAGAAAAGAACAGUUUUUAAAUGCCAAUGAGCUUUAUUUUGGAGGAGAAUGUGUUUAUUCUCACAGAAUUCUUGUGUCAUUUUCUACGGCUUUAUUAGCCAUGAGAGCUUCUUUUCAUGGAUUUGUUAAAUAUUUCAACAAUAUGUUUGUGAAUAAGACGACAUUUCCGGAAAAAAGGCUGGAUGAGAAAAAUUUUCAAAUUAAUUGGAUUAUUUACUGUGUCUUGAAGUUACUAUUUCAAUGGAGCGACGAAGAUGUGAUUGAAAUUCCGUAUUCUUUAUAUGAAAAAGACGAAGCAAAUGCCUUUUUUGAUCGACACAAAAGUCAACUUUACUCAGCAUUUGUUAAAUAUUGGUCGAAUCAAGCAAUAAACCAAACUUCGAAUUGUACUAUUAGUUGCACUGAUAUAUUGAUAGUCGAUGGGCAUCAAAAGACAGCUCGAGUAACGUGCAAAUUCAACAAGUGUUACGAUAAUACCAUUGAAGAGUUAGGACCGGUACUCGUUGGGUGUCCCAAGUCAGUUUCCAAACAUCCAAACAGUACUUGGAGUAGUCUUUGCAAGAAACACGUCGAAAUUGUUGCUAAUUGUGGUAGCCAAGUCAUGGAAUUUGAUCCAUCGGACGACGUAACGGAAGAUAUGUGCAAUGUUAAACGUAAUGAGCUAUCUGAUGAUCAAGCUCGAUUAACAACUUACGGCUUUUUGGUUUCCUUUUAUUCAUGUGGCAUAGUUGCUGGCUUUGACGAAUCAAUAAGAUCUGAAUCGCCACGGCGAGUUUUACGACACUUAAUCCGGAUUGCGUGUUCCAUAAAAUUGUAUAUGACGACACGGUACGGUGCAGAUUAUUUUAAACCUACCCCGAUUAGUGACUACUUUCAUCGCAACGUUCACUUCGUGCUCGAUUCUUUCCAUCAAAGAAAUCAUACCCGACACAUGUGUCGGAAUGAAAUGCGUGCCGAUCAUCCAUCGCACAAGAACAUAAAAAGUAUCAUCUGGUACAUUCCAUCCAACGUACUCCAACCCCACUCAAGUCAACUCAACCCAACCCAACCCAACCCAACCCAAUCCAACUCGACCCAAGUCAAUCCAACCCAACCCAACUCAAGUGUUAACUACAAGAUUACACUUUCUUACUAUCUGAUUUUAAAUGUAGUUGAUAACGCUAUACUUAUUAAUGGUAUAUAA